UCGACUAAUCAACUUCACAAUGUUUUUGUUUGAAGUGCAAGCAAAAGUGGAAAUGGGACUGCAAGUGAAUUGAUAUGGAAUGACAAAGAGUGAUGACAAGAGGAAGAGGUAGAAAAGGCGGGGUUAGCUACCUGGUUCCAUGCUAGCAUGGGUGAGAAGAUGAAGUGCAAAUCUUUUCUAUUAAAACCUGACCCGUUUUGAAGCCCUCUCCGCGCUUCCCGCGUACGGUGGCGCGUGCGCGCCGACGCGUGCGCGGUGUUUCGGACUCGAGGCCUUUCUCCAACUCGCUUUUGAACCUCGGUCGCGUCCACCGGUCUUCGGCUGCUCCCAACCCUGGCCAAGAACUCGCAGCCCUGCCUCCAUCCCGUGGUGGGCGCGGAUGGCGGCGGUGAGCGCCGGCGCAAGGGCGGCCUCGGCGGCGGCGAAGAAGGUCGGCGCGGCGGAGGCGUCGUCCGGGAGGAGGGAGAAGUCCUCGUACCCGCCGGGGCAGCGGAGCGGCGCCGCGUGGACUGGCACGGACGCCGGUGCGAGGGCCGCGAAGUGUGCCGUGGUGACGAUGGCGGCCGUGGUGGUGGCGGCGACCUCGUGCUCUGUACCGGCGGCUGCGGAGGAGGCCGCUUUGGCCGCGAGCGGGGCGAAGUGGCUGCGCUCGAGGAAUGGCACGAAGACGAGGUGGAGAGGCGAGCGGGGCGAGGUGGCUGCGCUUUGUGGUUUCUGUAGUUCUAUAUGCAUUAGGUGGCACUAGGGUCCAGAUUCAGAAUAUGAGUACUGACAAGAAGUCUUGAUAAAGGAGAUGGACCCAAAAAAAUUUCCUGGUUUAGAUUCAUUGGUGUCCUAGACUCGAGGUUCGCAACCCAGAGAGCAGAGCAAUGGACUGAAGCAACCAAUUGCCAAAUUCUUUGAACAAGGUAUUAGUUAUUUAUUCUUUUAUAGGACCUGCUUGAUCUGCCUACUUCCUGUAAUUUUGUAGAUGGUGUGCAAAAGGAUUUAUUGUCCUAGCAAGUUCAGCUUUCUCAUAAAUUAAAAUACUACCUGUUCGUAUGUACUACUUCUAGCACAUUAGACUGCAAGGACACUUGUGCAGAUGCACUGUUUCUAACAAUAUGGAAUAUGUUGAAAGUUUUUUUCACACAAACAAAAAAUGCUACCUGUCCCACUGUGCUAUCUUUAAGAACUAAGAGGUUGAAGUCUAUGCAUUAUUGCCCCUUUCUGGAUUCUGAUGAUGUUUAAGAUAAGUGUCAGCUUCUGAUCACUUGACUACUUUAUUGGUACUCAUACCUGUUAAAAAGCUUACUGCAAAAUGUUGUCGUGAUCUUUGUGCCUACUUUGCAUAUCACAUAAAUUAGCGGAUAAGUCACAUAGGAUUACAAACAUAGCUCUUUAUAUAGUGAUGAAUUUCUGAGGAGACUAAGUGGUCCUAAACCUAAGUACUCCUCAGAAAAGGAGUACUCGUGGCAUGCCUGUUACUCCUUGCCCGCAUUAUGUGAAUGCUAGCAUGUGAUAAAAAUACAAGUCAUGUAAAGUUCAAGAGCUGAUCACAUUUAAUA